GGGUCAUGCGAUGGCACAGGAUCAUGCGAAGGCGAAGGCUCAGGCACAGGCUCAGAGUCAUGCUCAGGUCCAAGAUCAUGCUCAGGCAAAGGAUCAGGCUCAGGCUCAGGAUCAUGCGAUGGCACAGGAUCAUGCGAAGGCGAAGGCUCAGGCAUAGGCUCAGAGUCAUGCUCAGGUCCAAGAUCAUGCUCAGGCACAGGAUCAGGCUCAGGCUCAGGAUCAUGCGCAGGCAGAGGAUCAGGCUCAGGCUCAGAGUCAUGCUCAGGUCCAGGAUCAUGCUCAGGCCCAGGAUCAGGCUCAGGUUCAGGAUCAUGCGCAGGAAAAAGCUCAGGCAGAGGCCGAAAUUCAUGCUCAGGUCCAGAAUCAUGCUCAGGCACAGGAUCAGGCUCAGGCCCAGGAUCAUGCGCAGGCACAGGAUCAUGCUCAGGCACAGGAUCAGGCUCAGGCUCACGAUCAUGCAAAGGCGAAGGCUCAGGCACAGGCUUAGAGUCAUGCUCAGGUCCAGGAUCAUGCUCAGGCACAGGAUCAGGCUCAGGCUCAGGAUCAUGCGCAGGCAGAGGAUCAUGCUCAGGCAUAAACUCAGGCAGAUGCCCAGGAUCAUGCUCAGGCCCAGGAUCAUGCUCAGACCCAGAUUCAUACCAGAGCAGAAAGCUCGACAUAAUUGUGAUCAAAUCAGUUUGGGUUACGGUCUUUAACAGGUACUACGGUCCUAUGCCCAAAAUGAUUUCCACUUUCGCGCUCUUCGUUUUAAGCAUACUGCAUAGUCAUGCUGCUCCUCAAGGUGCAACAAUUCUUCAGAAUUAUUAUAAUCUACCACCGGACGUACCUCCAACUUCAUACUCUCCUCCAGCAGCACCAGCUGACACACCAUUUGCAUACCAAGGAUAUUUACCCAACUUCUACCCCGGGAAUACAUCUAGAAUUCCCCCGUUCUACCCUGACUUCAAAAAUCCCAACUACCCCAUUCAUCGGAUUCCUAACAAUACCGUCCCAAUAGUCCCCUUAAAUCAACCAGCACAACCUGUUCCAGUUCAAUUAUCUACAGCACAAAGUAUUCCAAUACCAAGCCCACUGCCACCCUUACCUCAGCCCAUUGUACCAAAUGUUCUAAUACCAAUAAAUACAGCUCAGGCAACAACCAACACUAGCAGACGCAUUUUUAGGCGCAGUGCGCCUAAAAGUGGAUCUGUCAGUUAUAGUAACAAUUACGAAUCUGGAUCUAGCUCUGGCUCCGCUUCAGCUAGUGGAAACACGUUAGUAACUAGCUCUGGCACUGGUUCAGGAUUACGCUCAGGAUCACGCUCAGGAUCAUGCUUAGGCCCAGGAUCAUGCUCAGGAAAAGGCUCAGGCACAGGCUCAGAAUCAUGCUCAGGUCCAGGAUCAUGCUCAGGCGCAGGAUCAGGCUCAGGCUCAGGAUCAUGCUCAGGCACAGGAUCAUGCUCAGGCAUAAACUCAGGCAGAUGCCCAGGAUCAUGUUCAGGCACAGGAUCAUGCUCAGGCCCAGAUUCAUGCUAAGGCGCAGGAUCAGGCUCAGCACAAAGCAACAAGAGGAACUAGCUUUGGGUCUUUUAGAUAGACUAAGUUUUUGUACCAUUUCUCUCUAUAGAUCUGUAUAACGCUUUCAAAUUCCAGUUAACGAACUAGUCAUCUCCGGAAUCGUCCCUUACGCGCAAUCAAAGGGCAAACUGUGCAUUUGCUUCAGUACCUACUUAGAGACGCCAGCAGUCAUUUGCAAACAAUUUAGAUUUUACUAAAUCGAUAUUAAUAAGUAAGCAAGCAUUUUAAAAAUCAAUCUAUUAAUAAAUGAAUAAAACGAGA